AUGCGAGCCGUUUCGCCGGCGCCUGACGAAGUGAUGGAAAUUGUGAUUCCUUUUGAUUAUCAAAGUCGACUCGCUCUCUCCUCAACGCAAUAUGGAAUGGAUGCUCAGAUUCAAACCGCCAAUCGACCUGUUGUCUUAUGCGUGGCCCCACGGCACUCUCAAGAUCCUCAACUCUGUGACGAUUGUCGACGAAGUCAACAUAUUGAAAAGAAAAAA